AUGCAUUCUUUAAAGGACAAACCUUUCCCAAAAGGUAUAACAUUGAAAAAUCAAGAUAACGAAGAUGUUAAUUUGGAUUCUGUUAUCGGUAAUGGAAAACCUUCUGUCGUUUUUUUUUAUCCUAGGGACGAAACUUAUGGUUGUACCCAAGAGGUUUGCCAUUUCCGUGAUUCUUACUCAACCUUCUCCGAGGCUGGAGCAACGGUGUUAGGUAUUUCAUCAGAUUCUCCCGAGAGUCAUAAAAACUUUAUUGCCAAACAAAAUUUACCAUUUCAAUUAUUAUCUGAUUCCAAAGGAGAGGCCAGAAAAGCUUUUGUGGUUCAACAAUUUAUGGGUUUGGUGAGUGGUCGGGUUACUUAUUUAAUCAAUAGAGAUGGAAUUAUUGCAGAUGUUUUUAAUUCUCAAUUGAAUUUUUCGGGUCAUGCUAAAAGAGCAGUGGAAUUUAUUCAAUCUCAAGUAGCUUCAGAAGAUAAAUGA